CACAAGGGUCAACACGUUCAUCAAGAUCUAUCAUGGGCUAAGAUGACUGGUAAAAGCCUGGCAGACAUCUGUCAGGUAAUGUUGUCAUCAAAGCCAUACAUGCCAUAGCCUCUAUUGUCAGUCUGGUGCGAUUUAUAACACAAAAGAUGGCAUCAGGUAGUGAUGAACAGUUGUCAGACCCUGGGGUGCGGGAGAGGACAACUGGACACAGUGAUGAGCAGAGCCGUUCCAUGGGACAAAGCCCUGUAGGAAACCAGAAUCUUGACUCCACAGGAAAUCAUUUGGCAAAAUGUGAUCGAAUGGUCUCCAGUGUAGCCAAGGUAGCCAAAGAAACCAUCCAGCUUUGGGAUGAUUGUCGCCAAAAGAUGAUUGGACCCGCCAAUAAUGACAUUGUACCAGAGGCAGUUUGUAAAAUUAACAAACCAGAAGCUGAAUAUCCAUGCAAAGCCAAUAAGAUGCAUUCCCUGAAAUCUGUUAAGCCCCACGAUGAAGUGUAUCCCUCAAUUGAUCCAGAUGGUCUAAAAGUUCAGAGCAGUGAAAGUUUUCAUGCCACACAAUAUGCAUUUGACAAGUUCUAUAGCUUGUUAUAUUCUAAGCAUAUUCAACUCAACCCACAUGCUCCCCAACACCCAAGUAUUUUUGCACAGCUACAACCAGCGAGAACUUAUGAAGGCCUUAAGAUUCAGGAUGGUCAGCUUGAAACGUGUCGGAUGCAGUCAGCUGAAGAAAACUCAGAGCUAGGCAUUAGGAAGACUGCAGUUAUGGGCCCAGAUGAUUCCAAUACAUGUACAUCCACAGGUGGGACCAGAGAUAGUGUGCACAGUUGGAACAGUGGCUCCGCUUCAGACAGACGUUCUAAAUAUCAAUCCUCCACGGAAAUGAGGCAGGAAGAGGGCUACAGUGAUAGUGAUGUUUUUGAUGAAGGACAGCCUGAUAUUCCAUACAGGAGGCAAGUAAGCGAUACAGGCAGUCUCCCAGAUGUUAUUCUCUCGACCAGCUCUACAGCGGAAAUGUCUGAAAUGUCUCCGGAUCUGCUCCAGCCAGAUCCUGCAUGUCAUCAAUCCCUGGCGCGAAGCCUGUCUGAUAACAGCUGCAACGUUGCUGUUGCUGAUAUGCCUUUGCCCUCUGCUGGAGCGUCUACAUGUACCUCGAAAGAGAAGAAGUUGGAAAUGGAAGGCAGGGUACAUGAUCCCAAAGGUAAACUGAAACGACAGGUCAGUUUCAGUACGGAAAUAUCCAUUUGUGAAAAUGGCAGCAACAGAAUGACCUCCACAUCUGCUGAGGAUAAGAGGAAUAGAUACUCGCACAAAACAUCUGGGUAUGGAACUGGAGAAAGCAGCAAAAACUCCACAGAGAAUGGCAGCACAGAGGACAAUACAUAUACAGAAGUGUUCUCACUAGAAGAUGACCAGAAUGGCUCUGAGACAACUGGUACCUCGUGUUCUCAAAUGGGUUCAGAAACAAAUCUGCCAGAAUUGAGUAUCCUAGAAAUAACCUCUGGUACUAAUACAGGUACAUGUCCAUUUACAGCCAACUGUGUUCAAACCAGCGUUCAUGUAUGUGCAGAAGAAGCUACAGGUAGUCCCUCCAAAGAUCAGGGUGAAUGUAUCCAUAACCUCCAAGGUGAAGCAGCCUUGGCCAAUCAGAAUCAACCUAAUUUGAGCAUUCUGAUGAGAAAGGUCCCAGACAAUUCUAACACUCUGAACAGUUUCAAGGAUUCUCAGAAACAUCCACCUGCUACAGACACAUCUCUGUCCUGUUCUCAGCAGGCAGGAUGUCUGCCUAACUUGAGCAUCUUGAGUCGCAAUGGUAGCAGCUUGAUGGUGUCAACAUCUGAGCGCAAUGAUAGCAGCUUGAUGGUGUCACCAUCUGAGUUACCCUCAGAAGAGAAGUUAUCUGGUGAGAGGGAGGAGACAGUGCCUCCAGAGGUGCAGGAUUGUCUGACAUCUACAGCUAGUGGAGAGACCAACCGAACAGCAGAGUCAGAUAGCUAUGCUCUAGAGACGCUAAAAAAUUUCCAGAAAUUAACUGCUGUGCAGAAACUUCAUAACUCACAGUUUUCACUAGAUAAGACGAGGCGUUACAGUGACAGGCACGUCAACAAGCCGCUGACGGACAAAGCAUUUGUGCAGAAGGCACGAGAUGAUCUUAUAGCCAAUUACUUUGAGGAUUUGCUACUUCUCCUGACUCCAGACUCCAGGGAGUUUGAGCAAACCAUACAGUGGAUUCAGCAUCUUUUAGCUCCAGAGAGCUCCCCGAGCCCUGUGACACCCUUAACCCCGCAGAUCCGCAAGGCCAGAGGAGCUGCAUCGCCAGAUCAGAAGAGAAAAAAUUUUUAUUUUCAAGAGCAACAGUCUGUUGAUCUACAGCAGAGAGAGAAGAAACUUCAAGAGAUGUUAGUGAGGUCCUCAAGGUGUGAUUACUACCUGUGCUCUGAUCACAACUGUAGACAGGGAAAGCGGCUCUUGCAAGACUUAGAGAAAGCACUACUGACACAACUGUCUGACAAGACAUAUACAGACUACUUCAGUGAACUACUCUGUUUGUUUGACCACAGUCAGCACUGUGAUGAGAUCAAGUGCCCUGUACCAUGGUGUAACUUUCUUAGCUGGAAGUACAGCAGUGAGAGAUACACAGAGAUAGAUUUGAAGGAGGUCACGAAAAAGCUUACAGAAUUUGUUCUUCACCCAACUCUUAAAUUCACAAGCAUGUCAACAAAUGAAGAGACAUUUUUUGCAUUGUCCUCCCAAUUCUCUGCCUGCCCUGUUGUUGAGGGGAGGGACUGGAUAGCCCUGUUGAGGAUAGGAAAGUUUGGUGGCUCCGUACUGGCCAGGGAGACUCAAACACAGAAAGACUGGGUGGUAAAGAGGGUACAGCUGACCCAUCCAGAGGCAGAUAACAGAUUACAGGUGUAUAGAAGACUUAAUAACCAUGCUGCUGACCACAUUGUUACUUACCUGUGGAUGAAACAAACUGGAAAAGUGCUCUUUGUCUGCACGGAAUAUGAACCAGGUGGAAGUCUUUUUGACCACAUAUUAACAACUGGACCAUUUGAGGCCAGACAGGCAUUGCAUUUCUUCAGUCAGGUGUUAUCAGCGGCAUCUUUUCUCCACAACUUGAAGAUUUUAUUUCUUUACUGGAACGCCAAGAAUGUUGUGUUGACAAAUCGGUAUGUGGCCAAACUGUGUAAUUUCUCCACAGCUGUACAUUACAAUGACAGCUAUGAUUUAGAAGAGCUGUCAAACCUUGUUCCUGCUACGCUUCUUCCUCCUGAGUUGCUGAAUGGCCAGGUAGAUGUAUCACUCUGCCCAAAGCAAGACUCAUGGGGACUAGGUUGUCUACUGAAGGAAUUGGUGACAGGUUUAUCCUCCAGACAGGAGCUCAUCCAUGAGGACAGAACAGAGACAGAAAGCCAGAUAAAAGACUCUCCACUCCCAAUUGUUCCUGCCUUGAUAGACUCCACUGUCCAGGAGAUUUUACAAGGAUGUUGGAAGGUCAUUCCAGAGGAGAGAAUGUCUGCGUCACAACUGAGCGAGCUUUUAACACAUGCUCUUGCGUGACUUUGGCGCUUAUGGCUGAAAUACUGCCAGUAUGGCAUUGAACCUCCAGAACAAAGCUGUUUCAACCUUUUACUCCAUUCUUCUCUACUGUUGUUAACCAUAGUACAGCAUCUUAUCAAGAGGACGUAGACCAAAGGUCAACCAGCAUGUCAAGACCUGGAAUCAACCAUCGUGUGGGGACUAAAGGUCAACCCAGCAGGUGUGUCAUGGCACAGCAUCUUAUCAAGAGAGCAUAGAACAAAGGUCAGCAUAUGGGGACUAUAGGUCAACCAGCAGGUGUGUCUUGGUAUAGCAUCUUAUGAGCAGAAGUCAACCACAUGUCAGGACCAUGUGAGGAACAGAGGCCAACCGGUGUGUGGAGACAAGAGGUCAACCAGUGUGUGGAGAUAAGAGGUCAACCAGUGUGUGGAGACAAGAGGUCAACCAGUGUGUGGAGAUAAGAGGUCAGCCAGUGUGUGGAGACAAGAGGUCAACCAGUGUGUGGAAAUAAGAGGUCAAGCACUGGAAGUGGAUAAUUUUGGUAGGUCAGUCAGAUGAUGUGAACCAAGUGUCAACCAGGUUAAUGUGACCAGAGGAGCCACUAUGAGGGUUCCUGAAGUGGAUAGAGCAUGGGGAUCAGAGAUAAACCAGAGGGUGUGGUCUUCAGAUGAUAUGAACCAGUCAUAUAGAUAAUUUAUCUAAGGUAUCGCUGGCUGGUGGAGUGAUGGCAAUAAGUUCUGUCUGAAAUAUGUGUCAAGGUUUUAUGAACAUUUACAUUUUUAGCUUGGCUCGUAAUGAUGAUGCUAUAAAAAAUUUGUAUGUGUUACUUUAGAGAUUGAGUCCCUGAUUUAAUAAAUGAAGACACAUGUAAAAAAAAUUCCAGCUGUAAUUUUUGAACAUCUUUGAAGGUAUAAUUGUGUGGGCAUUACUAUUUUUCACACUGACAAAUCUAUACAUUCUGAAAUACCCCUUUGUUCAGCCAACACAAAAAGUAGUCUUGUUUGUUUAGUCUCAUGAAUUGUGUGAAGGAUUAUUGGAAAUUCAGAAAAACGUGGACAGGAUUUAUUUUGACGAGGUGUAAUAUACAUUGAUGAAAAUCACUAAUCUUUAUUGGAAAGUACACAUGUAAUGGUUGUAAAACAGCUGAUGCAGAUUUAUAAUGCUAUUUUCUGAAGUAUGAAUAAUAAUUCAGCAUGGUAGUGAUGAGGUACGUUGAUAGUGGUUUGGUUUGCUCUGGAAAGAACUGAUAUAUGUAUUCUGUCCAUCUUUACAAUGAUAUAUUACUGCAUAAGAUAUUUUUAAAUCUAAAGCUACUGUGGUACAUGUGUAUUUGGGCCGUUUCGUAUCUAUUUUGUUGGAGCGAAUGAUGUAAAUGUUGCAAUUGUACUUUAGGAAGCAAUGAAAUACUUAUUUUUGUCCAUCCAGAACGCAUAACAUACCCUAAUGGCCUAAAAAUUUGACCAUAAAAAAGCAUUCGUGGAGGCAAAUAGAUGUCAUGAGAUAUUACUUCUUGUGCUAAAAUUUACAUUUUCCCAGUAGAAUAUCAGCCAACCUUCCAAACACCUCUCAAAGCACCUAUCUAAAAUCAGUAGAACUCCUAGAAUAUGGAAAAAUGAGCAACUUAGUCAUGGACGAAAUUUUAGGUCAUUUAGGGUAUGUGUAAUUUGUUCUUUGUGUUUUAACCAGGUCCAAGCUGUAGACGGGUUUGCUACUUGAAUGCGCAUGUGUGUGUUAAAUAGAAUGAUCCCCUUUAUUCAUAAAUUGUAAAUUGCUUUGUGAAAAUAGAUGUGUGAAGCUGUCAUAGUACCCUUGUAGUGAUCUUUAAAGGAUUUUUUUUUUGUAAAUGGCUCAGAAAUGUGCUGGCAUUUCUACCUACUGCUGCAAUUUGCAUUUGUUUUCUAACUUGAGUAAAACAUUUCCCUUGCAAACAGUGCAUUUUAAUGUUAUGAAGUAUGUGAUUAAGAACACCCACUUUUGUUUGGGUCCACUGGUUGAUCAUUGGGGUCCACAUAAUUGCGGUGCAUUUCAAUAUUCUUCUUUCUCUUUAUGCCCGGCUAUUUGUGCAAAAAUAUAGACAAAGAAUUGCCUGCAUUUUUGUCCAUUUGUAAUCAUCUGGAAAAGUCUGGGAAGCAUCCAUAUAUAUACACAUAAUCACACUGACAUUCACACAUUGCACCCACAAACAAUCAAUAACUGAAGGACAGAAUUUAAUAUUUUCGAAAGUUUUAUUGUAAGCUUAGAAAAAAGUGUUUUUAUAACAUUACUCGAAGUGGAUCAUGUGUAGGGAAAAGUAAAGCAUGGUAUCAGACCUGACCAGAUAUUGGCUAAAAUACAAAAGAAAUACUUGUACGUAAAGGACUGGUAGUGCAGUGGUUAACCUUUCUCCCAACCAGUCUCCCAACCAAUCUUCGCUGUAAAGUCUACCGGCCAACUACCUUCUAUUUUUGUGGAAGCCCUGUUGAUCGAGUGGUCUAGACGGUGGACGUAUUGCUGGCGAUUUGGUGCCUGGCUCUGAGGUCCCUGGUUCGAAACCUGCAGUGGUCUCAGCCAUUUUUUCAGCACUAGAAUCUGUGCUAUAUUCAGGAAGUGUAAUCCAUAUUAACAAUCAUACUGUUAAGGCAACAUUAGCUAAAAACAACAGUAAAAAGUGUAUAUCCUAUCUCAGUCAAUAAUGCCAAGGUCGUAUGGGUAUGCAUGCUUUUCAGUAUCGGUAUUGUGAAAAGGGAAAUAACAUGGAGGACGAUAUUGAAGAUUGUUUCUUACGACUAUAGACCUUGAUCAUUGCCCUUCUGUUCAUGAGAGGCAAAGAUUUGAACCCAUUCCUUCUAUUCACUGUCAUAACUAUGCAUAUUUGUAUAUUUGUAUGAAAAAAGUAUUGAAAAAUAUGCAUUUAGACAGAUUUACAGGCUCUAAUUGUAUAGAAAAGCAUAGGGUAUAUUCAUUCACUGUUUUUAUUAUUGUUUGCAAUUAGUUUUGCAAGUUUUUGCUCGUUGUGGCUGUGAGUGUGACAAAUAUAGUUAUAGGAUAGACUAAUUUUGUCUCCUUGUACAUAGAAUUAUUAUAGUGUAGACAUGAGCUGUGCUAUCUGGCUUCUUAUGAGAUUGAUCAGAAAUUCCAGGACAUAAAACUAUAAUAUAUGUCGUAAACGUUGCCCUAAUUGCUUAACCUUUCCGCAUAUGAAAGAGCAACUUUUAGCGCAGUAUAUCAAUAUUCUUUAUUUGAUUUCGGAGACAAAAUUACAUUGGUUGGAUUGGCCAAUUUUCAGACUUCACAAAACGUAAAAUUUUAUCUGUCUACACAGAAUAAUGCCCUCAGAAUAUGCUUGAAUAAACACCUUGCAAAGAUGCGAAAAGGUUAAAGAAUUACAGCACUAGGUGUUCACUGCAUGUAUGGGACAUCAUUCAAGUAAGGUGUGUAUGGCAUACUUCAGACUCGAUUGUCAAUAUUGGCGUUUGGUGUUAUGCGUUCCAAAAGUCGGCAUUGUCCAAAUCUUCACCAAUACACAUACAAUAUAGGAGAAAUAAUGAACGGGAAUAUGGGGAAAAAUAAACAUACAAAGUUAUAAACUCCACAGGAGCGGUAUGAGCUGGCGAUACUGGAAAGUUUAACAAAAAUUGCUUAUUCUCUCUUUUUUUUUUAUCGGCAAAAGUGGAAUAUUACUGUAACAGAGAAAUUAGCGUAAAAUUGAAUGAUUUAUCCAUGAAAAGAAGAAAAAAAAGCAGGGCCAAAUGUCUUUCUGGAAUAAAAUGGAUGUGUACACGUGUACCCCUGCAUUAGCCACAGUGCUCGUGCUCAUCUACUCAUCUUACAUUCGCUUAGCGCAUUUAAAGGGAAUUUUUAGAGCACAUUUUAAAUUACCCAUAAUUAAGUAGUAUAGGAUAAAUGUUAAUCAUGCGCCCAUGCCGGGUUCAUGGCUUUCAGCAAUGUUUGCGAGUAUCGUGCCAUAUAUAGUGUUUGUAUAAUGACUUGUAUGACCGCGGAGUAUACAGACUCGCUACCAUAUACCACUGUAUCAGUGGAUUUCUUUUUUUGGUAUGUACUUAUUUUUGUAAAUAAAAUUCGUAUGACCUCAUGAUAGAGAUUAAAA